UCUUGUUAACGCUCAUCAAGAUGGCGUCCGCCAGCAUCGUAGAAGAAGCUGAAGUUUUCGAACCGUCGAUUCAAAAUAUCAUCGAUCAAAUGACGCUGCGAUGGGUUUUUGUCGGAGGAAAAGGUGGUGUUGGUAAGACAACAUGCAGUUGUAGCAUUGCUCUUCAACUCGCUAAAACAAGAGACACUGUCCUGAUUAUUUCUACUGAUCCUGCUCAUAACAUAUCAGAUGCGUUCAACCAGAAAUUUAGCAACACUCCAACCAAGGUUCAAGGCUGUGAUAACCUCUAUGCAAUGGAAAUAGACCCAAAUGUUGGAUUUUCUCAGCUUCCUGAUGAUAUUUUAGAUGAGCCAGACUUGAUGUCCAUGGGUAAAGGUAUGAUUAAGGAACUAUUAGGAGCUUUUCCUGGAAUUGAUGAAGCCAUGAGUUUUGCUGAGGUUAUGAGGCUAGUGAACACAAUGGAUUUUAGUGUAGUGGUAUUUGACACAGCUCCAACAGGCCACACCCUCAGACUACUUGCAUUUCCAUCAAUUAUUGAAAAAUCUCUUGGAAAAAUUUUAGCUCUGAAGAACAGUAUUGGACCAUUUGUCUCUCAGUUUGGCUCUUUGCUGGGUGUAAACGAUAUGAAUGCAGAUCAAAUGACCAAGAAGUUAGAAGACACUCUGCCCGUGAUACAGCAAGUCAGUCAACAGUUUAAAAAUCCGGAUCACACAACAUUUGUAUGCGUUUGUAUAGCAGAGUUUCUGUCCCUCUACGAAACAGAGAGAUUAGUUCAAGAGCUCAGCAAGUCAGACAUUGACACACACAACAUCAUUGUUAACCAACUGAUUUUCCCCGACAAAGAGAAAGCAUGUGCGUUAUGCCAAGCCAGAUACAAAGUACAGAAUAAAUACCUCGAGCAGAUUCAAGACUUGUAUGAAGACUUUCAUGUUGUAACUCUGCCACUCUUGGCUCACGAAGUACGAGGUCGAGAAAAACUUGAACAAUUUUCUAGAAAUCUGUUAACUCCAUACUCCAACUAGAACGUGAAAAGUUGAAAUAAGAAGGAACAAAAACAUAAACAAAAACAAAACAAAAGUAAAACAAGCAAACAAAACAAAACACAUGAAAUAAAUUUUAACAAGUUUGGAUGAAGCAGUUGUUAUCACAACAGUUGAACUGAGAUGAUUUUCUGUCACUCUAUGAAGUCGCACACGAGGCGCAACUGAGUGUGUCACUGAUGAUCUUCCCGCGCUUUGUUGUGUUCUGUGAGGUACUACUGGACAGACCUACAGUAGCAUGGAAUCUGGUUUUUUUAUAAGACAAAGAAGGAAAAUGUUGUUAGUGAUGACGUCAUGUAUGCGUCUGUGUUAACCCUUUACACCCUAACAUCAGUAUGCAUAUUCUCCAUACUGUUCUCUAUACAUUUCCUAAGGGGCUGACAAGGAGAAUUUGUUUAUCAAUCAAGAGAAUAUUUAGUUCGUGAUCAUUUGCUUUAUUCUCAUGACCUUACUGUGUGAUGCAGGGGUUAUACUGUUGGGAGAAAUUAUACGAGUCACUCUCAGGGGUUAGAGGGUCAAGAUUCAAGCUUAUCUCAUAAUGAACAAAAAGGCUUCAUGUUGUUUUGCGUCUGUCCGAUAGUAAAU